UGUGAUUUCUUAUCUGAUGUGACGGAGGAUGAGGUGAGGGCUCUGGCUGCUCUCAUGACCUUCAAGUGUGCUAUGGUGGAUGUGCCGUUUGGAGGGGCCAAGGCUGGUAUCAAGAUAGACCCACUGAAAUAUUCGGUAGAGCUGGAGAAGGUCACUAGAAGGUUCACCAUGGAGCUGUCCAAGAAAGGCUUCAUUGGACCAGGUCUGGAUGUGCCAGCCCCGGACAUGGGGACGGGAGCACGUGAGAUGUCCUGGAUUGCUGACACAUACUCUAUGACUCAUGGCUGUACUGAUAUCAACUCGUACGCUUGUGUGACUGGCAAACCCAUCCCUCAAGGUGGUAUACACGGGAGGGAAUCCACUACUAGACGGGGAGUGUACUAUAGUAUACGCAGCUUCAUACGAGAUGCUGACUAUUGCAGUGAGAUUGGUGUUCUACCAGGAAUAGCUGGCAAGACAUUCAUCGUUCAGGGCUUUGGCAACGUGGGGCUCCACUCUUGUCGCUACCUCCACAGAGAGGGAGCUAAGUGCGUGGGCGUGAUGGAGAGGGAUGUGUCCAUCGUUAACAGGGAAGACGGUAUCGACCCGAAAGAAUUGGAGGAUUACAAAUUAAAUAACGGAGGCUCCAUCAAAGGAUUUCCAGGGGCACAAGAAACGACUGAGAACUUACUGACAGCAGAGUGUGAUAUUCUGAUACCAGCUGCCGGAGAGAAGCAGAUUACGGCAGAAAUAGCUGAGCAAAUACAAGCCAAGGUGGUGGCAGAAGGUGCCAAUGGUCCCACUACUAUUGCUGCUGAGAAGAUUCUGAUGGAUCGCAACAUUAUGGUCAUCCCUGACCUGUUUGCAAAUGCUGGAGGAGUGACUGUGUCCUAUUUUGAGUGGCUCAAGAAUCUCAACCAUGUCAGUUAUGGACGGUUGACCUGGAAACACGAGGAAGACUCCAACAAUCAUUUACUAGACAGUGUCCAGCGUAGUCUAGAGGCCAAGUUCUCUGGAGGUCGUGCUGGGUCUAUCCCCAUCACAGCCACCCCUGCAUUCAGUGCUCGCAUUGCUGGAGCUAGUGAGAAGGACAUCGUCAACUCUGGUCUAGAAUACACCAUGGAGAGAUCUGCCAAGCAAAUCAUGCGAGCUGUUCGUGAGUACAACCUUGGUCUGGACCUGAGGACCGCUGCUUAUGUGUGUGCACUGCAGAAGAUCUACACAGUGUACCUAGCGGCUGGCAUCACCUUGUAGCUGCAUAGAGAACACCUGAUAGUGAACAUUGUACCUUCCUACGUGCUAGCUUAUUUUUUGGUAUGUCUGUGGCUUUUAAACACUACAUGUAUGAUUGUAGAUUACAUUCUGAAUAGUAAAUUAAAA